AUGUGAAUUUAGCAAUUUAUAAUUGCAGAGAUCGUGAAAUAAAUGAUACAAUUAUUAUUACAUAUAUGUUGGAAUAUUAUUAUUUAAUUUAUGCAGAUGAUUUUGCUAAUUUGCUAAAGACGGUUUCCGAUGCAUAUACUUUAUGUAAGAUUUUAAAUUAUGAAACUUAUACCAGUAUUUUAAAAAAUGAAUGGCACACAUUUGUGGAGGAAUCUACAAAAAAACACGAGAAAUAUUCAUUAAAGAUUCGAAACUGGGUUAAAAUAAUGAUAGACAAAUUUAAAUCGCCCGAGAAUGGUCCAAAGAAUACUAAAUUUACAAAGGAAAAAACAGAUUCAUUUAAUGGAACUGUUACAAAUCCAUUGACAAAUGAAAUACUUAAUGUUGAUCUUGAAUCCAAAGUAAAUUAUACAGAUCCAAACGAUAAUCCAUUCUCCACUUUUCCCACUUCAUUAGUAGCUACAUAUUUUUGGAUUAAUGUUUUACAAAAUAUGUUGAUCGCUAUUAUGGGUAAUGUUUAUGAAGGAGCAGCAGCUAAAAGUAAACAAGCUGUAUUAAAAUAUAAAGCAAUACAAAUAUCAGAUUAUGAUGAUUUACAACACCGCUUUGAUUUUUGGCGCCAAGUUCCGUUAUUUGUUCCUUCUAAAAAACGUAUUAGAAACUUUAAAAAUGCUAUCUAUCUUGAUAAACAUAUUGCAGAGUUCGCUAAUGAACUAGAUUACGAUAAAGAAUCAAUUUGGAAAUUUGAUAAUGAGGAAUAA